AUGGCUGUGCUUACAGACUUGCCGCCAGAGAUUCUAGAGCAGAUCUAUCGCUUCCUGGGAAGCAUCGACGACGUUCACCUUCUCGGACGCGCAUGCACCAAAACCCAUCGUGUCAUCCAACAGCGAAACAUCUACCUCGAGAUCAUGCGCUCAGUAAUCUACUCAUCUCCCCAACACCGCUACGACUUCCAGCUAUGCAAGGCCUUGGACCUUCACCGUAAAAUCGUCGGGCACUUGGAACGGCACACCUCACCUCUAACCGCAAGUCAGCCCGGAUCUUUCAGUUUCAAUACCUGGGAAAUGCUGUUGAUGCGAACCGCCACUAAAUGUGGUAGUCCAUCUGAAUGGAAAGACGAAGCCAUUUGUGAUGUGCUAGCCCGGUACCAGGGGUUGCGUGUCCUGGAGGAUAUGUGGUUGGAACGAGAACUCCAAGGGCCGGAUUUCUUAUCCGUUGAUGAUACUUCAGAUGCACAGCGCCUUGUCCAUGGUUUCGAGACACUCGUUAAUCGCGAGCAGAAGUUCAGAGACGGAGAUCUACCAUCGCGAAACCCACAAACGCAGCAUACAUGGCACUAUAACAAGUUCAACGCCGACCAAAGAGGGCGGUUCUAUGCUGCGGUGGUGUGUGUCUGGCUUCUCAAUGAGAUAAGAUGGGUCUUGACCAACUUUGCCUACCCAGCGAAUUUCACAAUUCAGAUCGAGAUCUUGGAGAGCCUCAAGUCGAGGAUCGAAAGGGAGGCGAGGACGCCAUUGCUGGAUGAACUGGACCGGCAUGCCGUGUUCUCAUUCAUGUACCAUCAUGUACUUCCACUCCACGCUUUGUUCCUAGCAGACGCCAACUCAUCGAAACUUCUCUUCACAUUCGCUUCUGACUUUUCCAAAGACGGGGCUCAUUGCACUAGAUUACUCCAACUAUUUCUCAUGGCCAGCCAAACCUACUUCCAACCCCCCGACCUCGUCGACCUAACCGUCCGCUCACUCACAUCGCGCAAACCCCCUUACCCCCUCCUUGCCACCCCCAGCUCAAUCGAAAAGUACCGUCGUCCCCUCCCUGCCCUUUUCCACCGCGGCCACGACCUCUGCUGCGAAGACCGCAAGGCGUCUUUCCAACGCACGUCCAUGGCACACCUUACGCUCAUAACACGCUCUUCGUUCCACUAA